AUGCCGACCACUGUUGAUUGCUAUUGGGUUGAAACACUCGGAAGAUCAACGAGGAACAUUUUUCAAACUUCAACGAUGUCUAAAAAAGCGAUAAACGUGAGGGUAACCACUUGUGAUGCAGAGCUCGAGUUUGCAAUUCAGCCAAGCACCACCGGCAAACAACUAUUUGAUCAGGUGGUCAAAACGAUCGGCUUGCGCGAGAUUUGGUACUUCGGUCUUCAAUACACCGACAACAAGAACUUCCCAACGUGGUUAAAGCUUAACAAGAAGGUGCUUUCGCAAGAUGUGAAGAAGGAUCAAACGCUUCAAUUCAAAUUCCGUGCCAAGUUCUACCCGGAAGACGUUGCCGAAGAAAUUAUUCAAGAUGUCACACUUCGUCUUUUCUACCUGCAAGUGAAAGAUGCCAUUCUCUCCGACGAGGUCUACGCUCCACCUGAGACAUCGGUCCUUUUGGCUGCUUUUGCCAUGCAGGCGAAAUAUGGAGACUAUUUGCCGGAUGCACAUCAAGAUGGCUUUUUGGAGAAAGACCGCCUUCUUUCACAACGAGUGAGUGGACAAUACCAUCUUUCGCAAGACGAUUGGGAGAAGCGCAUUAUGCAUUGGUGGGGAGAUCAUCGUGGACUCGCUCGGGAGCAAGCCAUGCUCGAAUAUCUGAAGAUAGCUCAGGAUUUGGAGAUGUAUGGAAUGAACUACUUUGAUAUUCGCAACAAGCGAGGCACCGAGCUGUACCUUGGAGUUGAUGCACUUGGCUUGAAUGUCUAUGAUAAGAACGAUCGACUCACACCUAAAGUCGGCUUUCCUUGGUCGGAGAUCAGAAACAUCUCAUUCAACGACAAGAAGUUUGUGAUCAAGCCCAUUGACAAGAAGGCUUCGGACUUCGUUUUCUACGCUCCUCGACUUCGCAUUAACAAGCGCAUCUUGGCGCUUUGCAUGGGAAAUCACGAGCUGUACAUGAGACGCCGCAAACCAGAUACCAUUGAAGUGCAACAAAUGAAGCAACAAGCGCGUGAAGAAAAGGCUUUGAGAGCCGCUGAGCAAGAGCGCCUCAAUAGGGAAAUGAAUGCUCGUGAAGCUGCAGAACAACGCCAACGCGAUGCUGAACAACGCAUGGCCGAGAUGCAAGCUGCGAUAGAUCGUGCGCAAGCUGAUUUGGCUGAGGCACACAACAGAAUUCGCUCUCUGGAGGAACAACUUCGUCAGCUUCAGCUUGCUAAAGAUGAACUUGAAGCCAAAGAACAGGAAUUGCACGAAUUGACUGAUCGUCUUCAAUCCGAAAAGGCAAUGAGUGAUGAAGAGAGGCGCCGUCUUCGAGAUGAAGUUCAUCGCAGGGAGAGCGAGAUUGGCAUCAUGCGAGAUGAGGUCGCGAGAAGACAAGAGGAAACUUCACGUCUUCAAAGCGAGAUUGAGAACGUGCGCCGCACAGAAGUACAUCAUAAAUACACUGAAGUUCGUGUACACUCAUCUGUUCGCGAUGAUUAUGAUGAUCAUGAUGAUCUUGAGCAAAACGGCCACCGUGAGCUCACUUCGGAUGCUGAUGCUCAUCUUCCACAAUACGAGUUGGAUCGAAUCACGGCUGCUGAACAAAAUGUCUCCAUCAAGCAGAAAUUGGAUAUGCUUACCCGUGAGCUUGAAGGUGUGAAGGACGAGCGCGGAGUGACAGAUUAUGAUGUACUUCAUAUGGAGAACAAGCGCGCUGGACGUGACAAGUACAAGACACUCAGACAAAUUCGUGGCGGCAACACGAAGCGACGCAUUGAUCAAUACGAGAACAUG